GCCAGAGGUCCGAAGCUGAGGACCGGCCGAGCUUCGCACCGCUUCUUGCUGCUGCUGCCGCUGGCGUUGCGCGUGCCCGGGCGUGGGCUCCAGGCGCGCUCCCGGCUCUCUCCUCUCCCGCCCGGCUAGACUUCCGAGGCUCGCGAGUGGGAAGAAGGAGAAGAAGAAGAAGAAGAAGCAGAAGCAGCGGCGGCUGAUGUUGCAGCGCCCAGCCGCUGCUCUGCCCGCUCCAGCUGCGGCUCCGCCGUCCUAGCUGCCCGUCGCGCUCCGAGACUUGGAUGUGGGGGUCUCCCUCCUGGCCCCGCCGAGGCCCUCUGAGCAGCCGCAGCCCUUCAGCGCUUCAGGAGACGGGAUCUCCCCUCCUUUCCCUCCCCGAUUCCGCGAUCUCUCCGGGCUCUUCCUUCGUUCCUUCUCUUCCCUUCGCCGGCGAUGCUCGGCCGCCCCGAUCCGAUGUGAGCCGCUUUGGCCAGGCAGCGCUGAGCUCGGUCCGGAGGGAAAGAAGCAGGGCUGGCCAGGCUGGGCUGAGAAAGGACUAAGCGAUCGGAGCCAACGACAGCGGGGAAGCCGAGGAUCGAGACCCCCCCCUCCCUUCCCAGAUCCCACUAGAUCUCUUCCUCCCCACCCCCCACCCACCCACGGUUCACCCGCCGGGAGAAAAAGGGUCGGUGGGCGCUGCUGCCUCUGCCCCAGGAGGGGGCGUGUCUGCGGGCGACCCUCGGGGGGCUCGUCUGCUCGCCUCCCCCCUCCCUCUUUGCCCCUCGGCCAAGGAAGAAGACGAAGCAGCCGAAGAAGGAGGGGAGGGGUCCCUGGCGCGGAUCCCAUUGAUGCCCCAUCCCCGGGGGAGCCUUCCUGCUCGGCGCCUGGACCCCAAUUAACUUUCACCCCCCUAGACACAGCCGCGGCCGCCUCUAACGGGGCAAAGAAAAGUCAUCGAUGGCCGGGCCGAGGCAGCAGCUGAGCUGGCUCCGGGGCUGGUGGACUACCGGCGUGUGUUUGGCGACCCUGGCCUUCCCAGGUCUAUGGGCUCAGAAGGUGCUUGUCAAUGAGACGGUCUCCGGCUUCAUCGGGACCGAUGUGGUCCUUCAUUGCAACUUGGUCAAGAUCAACCACACGAGGAUCACCCAAGUCACCUGGCAGAAGGCCAGCAACGGCUCCAAGCAAAAUGUGGCCAUCUACAACCCCGUCAUGGGUGUCUCCAUCCUGCCCCCCUACGAGGAGAGAGUGGUCUUCCAGAGCCCUUCCAUCACCGACGGGACCAUCAAGCUGUCCAACCUCCAACUGGACGAUGAAGGGAUCUACAUCUGUGAGUUUGCCACCUUCCCUACCGGCAACCGGGAAAACCAACUCAAUCUCACCGUAUUAGCCAAACCAGUGAACCGGAUGGAGGUCACCACCAGACCGCUGAUUGCCAGGGCCGGCAUGACGGAGAAAAUUCUGGUGGCCACCUGCAUAUCCUCCAACGGGAAGCCUCCCAGCACUGUGACCUGGGACACGAAGCUGAAAGGCGAAGCGGAAUUCCAGGAGAUCCGCAAUGAAAAUGGCACCAUCACGGUGAUCAGCCGCUACCGUCUUCUACCGAGCCGGGAGGCCCACCAACAGCAGCUGAAGUGUGUGGUCAACUACCAGUUGGAGCGUUUCACGGAGAGCAUGACCCUCAAUGUGCUGUACGAGCCCGAGGUUAGGAUCGAUGGUUUUGACAGCAACUGGUACCUCAACCGGAAGGAUGUGAAACUGACUUGUCUAUCCGAUGCCAAUCCUCCCGCCACCGAGUACCAAUGGAAGCUGCUGAAUGGUUCGUUGCCCGACAGUGCCGAAAUUCAGAACAGCACUCUGUUCUUCAAAGGACCGGUCACAUACAGCCUAUCAGCAACAUAUAUCUGCGAAGCCACCAACACCAUCGGCACUCGGUCUGGGCAAGUGGAAGUGAAUGUCACAGAAUUCCCCUACACCCCGUCUCCACCGGGCACAUCCGUGGCGCAUCCGACCAUCCCCACCGCCGUGAUUGGGGGCGUGGUGGGCGGAGCCUCGUUGGUCGUAGUGGUGGCCGUGGUCGUCCUUAUGGUGCUCCGUCACCGACGCCACACUUUCAAGGGCGACUACAGCACCAAGAAGCACGUCUACGGCAACGGGUACAGCAAGGCGGGCAUCCCUCAACAUCACCCACCCAUGGCCCAGAACCUUCAAUAUCCUGACGAUUCGGACGACGAGAAAAAGCCCGGCCCGCUGGGCAGCAACAGCUACGAGGACGAAGAUGACGAUGGCGCCGGGGCGGAACGGAAACACCGGUCCUGUCCCAACAAGUAUGAGGAGGACUCCAAGCGGCCUUACUUCACGGUGGAUGAGGGCGAAGCCCGCUCUGAAGCCUACAACGAACGGACACUUGGAUUCCAGUAUGACCCCGAACAACUGGACAUAGCCGAUAACAUGGUCUCUCAGAAUGACGGGUCUUUUAUUUCCAAAAAAGAGUGGUAUGUGUAGCUUGGUCCACCUCCUCCCCUCUCUUGCCCUCUCUUCACCGGCCACGUCCUGCCUCCAUGCCCCAGGGCUGCUGGCUGCUCUGCAGAGCCCCGUGUGCCUUGUCACACGCCCAGAGCCCCCUGCCCACCUAACACACGCACACCCAGAGACCUCCAUCUGCUGGGGAUGUGGGACCACAGUACAGGGACACUUGGGAAGCCAACGAGAACUUCCACUACUUUGGGGGCACCCCGGAGGAGGCAAAGCAGGGGAGUUGGGGAGAGGGGGCGGAGCGGGAGGGAUAUUGCUUGGCUUAAUGGAUUUAGUUUUUCCUUGGGGUGAGGAGAGCAACGUUUCUUUUCCCCUGCUUAAUUUUCUCCGACAGAGGUUGGUCCCUUACAGUGUCGUUUGUACUGAUCAGUGGUGGCUUUGAUGUUGAUACUUUAAUUAUUAUUGCCUGUCUUUGUAUAGUAUACCGAUCCCACCCCAUCCACACCUCCUGGUUGCAUCUUAAAAGCGUCUCUUGGUCAGCCUUGUGGGCUCCGCUCACAACUCCCACCUCCCUUCAAAAACACUGGAAUUUGUUUUAUUGUCUUAACUUUGGGGAGGGGUUUAGGGGCAUACACCCCACCCACCCACCCGGACUUUGGAAGGCAAGGUGGGGUUUGGGGGGAGGCUGCAGACACCGAAAGCACAAAAGCACAGAAUCGGGAGCCGAGGGUUUUUGCUCCUUUCCGACUACUCUGGAUCUCUGUGGCCUGUAUCUUCCUUUCAGCAUCUUCGCUGUGGCCAUUUCCCACAAUGCACUUGUGAUGGGAAAAGAACGAUCACCUGCCUUUAUCCGUGGCCACCAAAAACAAAAAACAAAACCCAGACUCGACUUCAUCUUCAGAAGAACCUUUGGGGAAAGAAAAGAAAGAAAGAAAGAAAGAAAGAAAGGAACGAGAGCGCAUGAUAUCCAGGGAGGAGAAGUGUAAUAAGUGUGGGUCUCUCUUUUCGUUGUUGUUGUUGUUGUUGUUGUUGUUUCAUUCUUAAUUAUGGUUUUAAGAGAGAGGUUCAGGGUCUGUCAAGAUUUGCAUGCCACAUUAUUUUUAUUUUUUUUCUCCCCCCUCGUUUGCUCCUGGACCCAACAUUGUUGUCGAUGGGCAAUCUUCUUAGAUUCACUUGCCCGAGUCUAUUCCUACCAGUUUCUCAUUCCGGGAACUGUCAGUUAGUGAACAGACUAGCGAGAAGUUGCUUGUUCUCCUUCAUCAAGUCUCGGUGUUUAAUGUUGUUGAAGCUCAACAGGCUGGACACCAGUUUUAUGCACGUACAGAAGGCUCCAAAUCCAGUCACUGGCUCUUCCAAUUAAAUAGCCCCAAGUGGCAAGCAGAGAGAGAGAGAGAUGUGUGUGAAGCUAGGAAAAAAUGGAUUUUUGUUUGGGGCUGAAAUUCUAACUGCUCUGUUAGAACACUUUGAGUUGGCCUGUAUGGGUUGAGGGGCUUUUUUUGGUGUUUUUUUUUUGGGGGGGGACACCAAACUUGAAAUGGCUUGAAUGGUCCAUCUCAACUAAACUUGGGGGGAGGGGAAAGAAUGUUGUGUCGGAGCAAAACGUUGGAGCUAUUUUAUGUGGCUGACCAUUAGAAAGAGCCACAGCUGCUGCUCCUUUGUUUUUCAUUCCAGGACCACAAAAAAUAAGUGGGCGAGAGGCCCAAAUGCAGAAUGCUAUCUGCUACCCCAGUUGUAGGGAAAUUGGCGAGGGGCAUGAUUUUUAAAACUUCUUUGAAAGCGUUCAAAUAAAUCCCAUAGGUGGGAAAUAAAUGGAAACAAAGCUUUGCUUUUACCAAAUGAAACAACUGUUGGGAUUAGCAUCUGUUAUCAACAAUGGUCCACCCUUCCCCAAUGGGGAGGGGGGAAAGGGAGGGAGGGAAGGAGAGAGAGAGAGAGAGAGAGAAAGAAAGAGAGCAGAGAGAGAGAGAGAGAAAUGAUACAUAGGCUGUCUUCACUUCCUUUAAAUAAAACAUUUGAAUUGCUCAGCCAACAGAUUACAGGAGAAACAGUUCCUUAAAAUUCCUUUCAAUUAAUACAUCCUCUUCCUUAACGUUUUGAAAUGUUAAAACAUUUAAGGCUGAUGGAGUGUGUUUUUUUUAAAAAAGAAAUAAUUACAGUGUCUAAUUUUAUGUUGGCACUGUUUUGUUUUGGUUUCUUUCAAUCUGCCAGUCAUGUGCAACUCUUAACAAAACUUCAUCUGUCCUGAUGCUUCUGCUUGCGUGUAGGAGUAGCUGCCGUUGUAAAAGAACAAGAGCAGGGGAGACCCAAUGCGCUUCACAAUUGCAUGAAUAGCUCAAUGACGGAGUGCACCAAUGCGCCAAAAUUCAGCAGUUCCUCCAAGCCAACAUUAAACACCGGUACAGUCGUGUUUGUGGGGAUCCUUUUGUGCUCUCUGAACUCGGUUGUUUUCUUGCAGAUGUUUCAUUACCCAGCUAGGUAUUAGCAUCAGUGCUAGAAGGGAGUGGGGAGAGCAAACCCUUUAUAAUACUGAUGAUGUUACCUAGUUGGGUAAUGAAAUGCUUGCAAGUAAACGGUCAAGCUCAGAGAGCACCAAGGAUCACACAGCUCAAAUAGUCUCUUUUAUGCUAGCUUUUAAAUUUGUAGACUCAGCAACAUUAGCAUCCCUUGGUGUCAAGCAAGUACACAGAGAGAGAAUUGCAUUACCUGCCUACCAAAUAAAGCACAGCACGGUCUUCGUAGUAGCCAUCCAUUCUCUCAUCUGGAUGAUGCCAACUUUCCCAUAGCAAGACUUAUUUAAAACAAAAUGCAUGAUGGUCUUAGCCAGGUGAGCUGGCAUUUCUGCAGCUUAAGCAAGCUCCCUUCUCUGUUUAAUUCCUGCUUUCUUUUCAACCCGUCAGUCGUCCCUUGUCAACCGUUUGUUCUAAAAUCUUGAGCACAGGAACAGGACUGGCUCCUCACCGCAGGACUGUCUGGAUCACUACCAUGAAAUAAAAUGCCUGGCAAUUAAGAAAUAAUAAUAAUAAUAAUGGAGGAACCUGGAUCAAAGUUUUGAUCUGCUCAGGAUCCGAGGUGAUCAAAACGUACGUGGCUACUCUAGGUUCAUCUGCACAUCUUAGACUCCUGUUUGAGUACCGAAACUAUAGGUUGUAGCCCAGCCGAAGCCUCUGCUCAUUGAUCAAAAAAAACCCACAAAAUUUCUACUUGCUCUGGGUUCCUGCCUUCGUGUCCAGACCUCUUAAAUCUCCACAUGUUGCCAACAUCUGGUCCUUCUCAUUUCCUUGGAUUCCACUGGAGAAGAGAUUCCUUUUGCUUCCCCUGAGCGCAGCUAAUCCUAUCCCCUUGAAGAUUUGGUACGGUAACAUAUUUAAGGUAUAUAUUUUGGAGACGUCUGAUCGGUGGGACUAGGACCCAGGUUUUCAAAGCUUGAAGGAUGAGUUGAUUGGAAAACCAACUGCAGGAGGAUAGUUCACAGUUCCUGUAGCCUCAGAUGGCUAGCUGUUUUUGGCACCCGGGAGUUAUAGUCCAAGGUUUUGGAAGACGGCAGAGGUGGAUGGGCUCCAACGUAGCCCCAUUGAGGUAGCAAUUCUUUUUCAGCUGCUUUUACAAUCCUGCCUUUUGCUCCCGGAAAAACUACAGAGCGUAAGCAGCCAGAGCCACCCAUGAAUAGUCUCAAACAGUAGCUUUAUUGUUAGUCACUUAGGUUACCAGAAUAACAGAGUUGGAGGGGGCCUUGGAGGUCUUGUAGUCCAACCCCCUGCUCAAGCAGGAAACACUGUGACGUUUCAGACAAAUGAUUGCCCAGGCUCUUCUUAAAAACCUCUGAUGUUGGAGCACCCGCAACUUCUGGAGGCAAGUUGUUCCACAGAUCAAUUGUUCUCACGGUCAGGAACUUUCUCCUUAGUUCUAAGUUGAUUCUCUCUUUAAUAAUCUUCCACCAGUUAGUUCUUGUUCGGCCCUCAAGCGUUUGGGAGAAUAGAACCAUAGGAUCCUACCGCUGGAAGGGUCUUUAAUCUAGUCCACCCCCCUGCUCAAGCAGGAGACCCUAUCCCAUUUCAGACAAAUGGCUGUCCAAUCUUUUCUUAAAAACCUCCAAUGUUGGAGCACUGGCAACUUCUGGAGGCAAGUUGUUCCACGGAUCAAUUGUUCUCACGGUCAGGAACUUUCUCCUUAGUUCUAGGUUGCUUCUUUCCUUGAUUAAUUUCUACCCGUUGCUUCUUGUCCUGCCCUCAGCUACUUUGGAGAAUAGCUUGACACCCUCUUUUUUGUGGUAGUCCCUCAGAUAUUGGAACACUGAUUCUCUCCAGACUGACCACCUUCCCUUGGAAACGGUCAGAUAGGGAUUCUGGGAUUCUGGGAGAAGUGGGUCCUGUGCCACUUUCUCCACUGCAAAGACUCCAAGCUCAGACCCCUCUUAACACCUCCUUCUAGUCUAGCUAGAGAUAGACCACCACAAAUACGUUUGGACCUUCUGAGCAAUGACCUAGAUGAAUUCCAUUCUCCUUGGACCAGCAGUCCUCUUUCUAUCAUCCUGUCUCUCAUCCCUUAGCCUCUCAGAAGGGUAACUUAGGUGAGACGGUCAGGUGCAGAAAUGCCAUGAAUAAAUAAAUAAAUAGGAAUUAUCCUUGUUCUGUUGGGCUUCCUUCCUUUCCUGCUAACAAGAUGGUUCAAACGUCCUUGCCGAUCAGUCUCUCUAGUUACCUACGGAGCUCUUGAAUUUGUACGUUUUUUUGACCUUGGACUUCCUUCUCUGCCUUGGGGAGCCAUAUCUAAUCCUGGAGACCCUCCAUGCAGAUAUUUUUAGACCCUAUUUUUCUGUGGUCAGGGAUGCAUGAUCAUUUCAGCCUUAAUCCUUCCUUGUACAUGACUCAAAACUCUUUAGACGGGUGAAAACCGGUGCAUGCUUUUGAAAAAACAGAAAAACUGCCAAAUCUGACGAGAUGAGACAAGAAGUAUGUGUAUCAAGAGGAUGACCAAAUGUCGCCUUUGCGAUUUUGUUUUUAGACCGUUCUCGUUCUGUCGCUGUAAGAGAGGUGGUGUUGUCAUAGAGCAAGUUUUUCAUGAAAAAAAAUGUGCCACUGGGUGAGAAUGUAAGAAAAUGCCAACCGGUUUGGUUCAUAGUCUUAUCAGACGUUGCACGUUGCUUCCACCGAUGGAUGCUGCCCCCAAGCUACACAUUGGUUCACUGAAGGCCGCCAUAUUCUCUCUGGAUUGUCAUCAGUGGGCGAAAGUUCAGGUCCCAAGGUACACAACGCCUUGAUGUGGAGGUUCCAUUUAAGGAUAAAGGCUCUUCGCCAUCUCUAGAUCAAUAAUCUACAUUUAUUGAACACGGAGAGAUGCUGUUCGCGUGGAGGAAGGUGGACAGUUCAAUCCCAACCUUGGAAUGGAUUAAAAUGCAACCUCCGAUUUCUUUCUGGAUUUUAAUCUGGACCCAACAUUGCUGAGGUUUCCAAUGGUUCUCAAGCUCUGUAUUGCAGGCCACAUCUGGCAGAUGUUUGGCGGAAGACUGUAUAUCUGGCUUCACCCAUCCCAGCCCUCUGAUUUCCGUUAUUGUAUUUCAUGAUGAGACCAGUUGCCUUUCCUGUUGUCGUCGUUUUUUUCCCAGCAUUGUUUCUUUGUUUUAUUCCAGCAAUUUAUUUAAAAAAAACAACACAAAAUUAAACAUGAGAAGUUAGCUAGAAUUCUCCUUAGGAGAAAAUGAAACCCACCAUAAAAGUUGAGGUUUGGACUGAUCUGAAUAUAUAUAUAUUGGGGUUGGUUUUUAUGCACUGGAAGAAUAGAUUUAAGGUUUAAUCCUCGUUCUGGAUUAAAGAACCAAAAAUGCAAGGCCACAAUGCAAGCAAAGCCUCCAUACAGGUAAUCCUCCACUUAAGAACCAUUCAUUUAGUGACCGUUCAAAGUUACGACGAGACUUUGAAAAGGGACAGCAAUGAUCCCGUGAACAAAAUUCAGAUACUUGGCAACUGACUAUAUCCAGCAUUUACUGACAAGCAAAGUCAGUGGGGGAAGCUGGAUUAUCUUUAAUGACCAUGUUAGUCACUUAAACCAGGGGUCUCCAACCUUGGCAACUUUAAGACUUGUGGACUUCAACUCUGGGAGUUGAAGUCCACAAGUCUUAAAGUUGCCGAAGGUUGGAGACCCCUGACUUAAACCAUCGCAGUGACUCAUUUAACAAGUGCCUUGCUUAGCAGUGGAUAUUCUGGUCCUGAUUGUAAAUUGAGGACUAGCUGUAUGGUCGUAAGUUGAGGACUAGCUUUAUGGCCUUCUCUUGCAAGGAAAUGUGUACAUAGCGCUUUUCUACGAUGAGAUACUCAAGCAGUACCAAUAAAUGCCAACAGAGAAAUAAACUGCACUGUUAUUUUGAUUCCUUUUCUACAUUCCAAUGUAUUCCCUUCGCUCAAAUGUGUCUCUCUACACCAUUGUUUCUCAACCUGGGUAACUUUAUGACAUGUGGACUUCAACUCCCAGAAUUCUCCAGGCUGGCUGGAGGAUUCUGGGAAUUCAAGCUGCCCAGGUUGAGAAACAAGGCUCUUAUCAUUUUAACCUCCUUGUUCCCAUUGAUUGCAUUCCUGCUAUAAUCAACUUCGUGGUAUAAGAGAAAUAGAAAUGUCCAUUGGGAGGGAUGUGUUUUCUGUGUUGUAAGUGCUUUUUUUUUUUUUUGUAAAAAUAAAUUUUUUAAAAAAAAAUAUGUGGAGAAGAAGACAAAUAUUAUAGAGAGUGUAAUAAACUGAACUUUGCUUUCAUUUCUCGGUUUUAUUUUUAAUAUUUCCCCAUUCUUUGUAAUAAUUUCUUUGGUUCCUUUUGUUUAAUUUUUUUUUUUUUUUGGUUUCGUUUUGUUUCGGGGGGACAACGGAGGGAAUUUUCGUGGGGAGCAGCAUUCUGCUUCAUCGUCUUUUACUUGUUCAAAAUGAAAAAAAAAAAUAAUUUUAAAAAGAAAGAGAGAGAGAGAAAGAAAAGACUAGUGGAUCGACCGUUGAAAGAAGUGUACUUUUUUAUAAAUAAAAGAAUUUUAAAACAAGGAA